GUCUGCUCCAGUUUUCGGGUCUCACUGAGCGAAGCCAAAGUCAGUAGACAGUAGAAGACGAAUUUCCGCUGCCCAUCACCGCCUGGUAAUCUCCUCCCUACCACUCCUAUCUUCCUUUUCUUCCUCUUAAACCAAGCCUCCGACAAUCAUCUCUUAAUAAGAGAAGUCCCUCAAUUUGCAUAUGAGGAGGCUCUGUAAACAUUUAUGUGCUAUUAGAGUCGGAGUUAGAACCCCUCCUUUCUAUUUCUCAUUCUGUAGCUUUAAUAUAAACCCACCCGUUCAACCCACAUCCACAUGUCGUGUUCCAAACUUUAUUGUCUCUGCGUCAUUACUACAAACACCUUGUUUGGGUUUAGUCAAACUGUCAUUUUCUUUGAAUCCCAUUGCCGCAUUGAAGGUCGCUGCGAGGCCCUUUUGUUCAGAAAUUGUCCCAUUGUGCCCAACUGUUGAUAUUAGUGUGAAAGAUGUUGAGAAAGAGGAUAAACGUUUAGAAAGUGAUGUUGAUAAGUUGCACAAUGCUGUUAUUGAUAACUCUAAUCCAUAUCAAAAUAUGGAGAAGGCUCUUGAACAAGUUGGUGUAGAAUUGACUACUGAAUUAGUAGUUGAGGUUCUUCAUAGGCUUCGGUUUGAGGAGAAGAUAGCGUUUAGAUUCUUUACGUGGGCAGGGCAUAAAGAAAACUAUGCCCACGAGCCUCGGGCAUAUAAUGAUAUGAUUGACAUGCUGUCUAGUACAAGAUACAAGGUCAAGCAGUUUCGGAUAGUUAGUGAUUUACUGGAUUACAUGAAGAGGCGUGAAAAGAGUAUUGUUCCUGUUGAGGUUCUGUUGAAAAUUCUGAGACAGUACACCGAAAAGCAUCUGACCCAUUUGCACAAAUUUGCCAAGAAGAAGAGGAUAAGGGUGAAGACGCAGCCGGAGAUCAAUGCCUUUAACUUGCUGUUGGAUGCUUUGUGCAAGUGCAGUCUGGUCCAUGAUGCUGAAGCCAUGUUUAAGAAGGCGAAGAAAAAGGUUAAGCCUGAUGCUGAUACGUAUAACAUAUUGUUUUUUGGGUGGUGUAGAGUUAGAAACCCGACUAGAGGGAUGGGGAUACUGGAGGAAAUGAUUGAUUUGGGUCAUACGCCUGAUAGUUUUACGUACAAUACUGCUAUUGACACCUUUUGCAGAGCAGGGAUGGUGACAGAAGCAGCUGAACUCUUUGAGUUCAUGAGAACGAAAGGUUCUACGAUAUCUUCGCCUACUGCUAAAACUUAUGCAGUCAUGAUUGUGGCUCUCGUCCAGAAUGAUAGAAUGGAGGAAUGCUUCAAACUUCUGGGGCACAUGAUAAACAGUGGUUGCCUUCCCGAUGUUUCGACAUACAAGGAUCUGAUUGAAGGGAUGUGUUUGGCCGGCAAGAUUGAGGAAGCCUACAAGUUCUUAGAAGAGAUGGGAAAUAAAGGUUACUCGCCUGAUAUCGUUACGUAUAACUGUUUUCUCAAGGUCCUCUGUCACAAUAAAAAGAGUGAUGAAGCGCUUAGGCUUUAUGGGAGAAUGCUUGAGAUGGGUUGUGUGCCUAGUGUGCAGACCUAUAAUAUGCUGAUUUCAAUGUUUUUUGAGAUGGUAGAUCCUGAUGGGGCAUUCGAGGCAUGGAAUGAGAUGGAUAAGAGGGGCUGUUCACAGGAUGCAGCUACUUAUUGCCUGAUGAUUGAUGGGCUUUUUUGUUGCAACAAGGUUCAAGAUGCUUGUUUGCUUUUGGAAGACGUGAUAAACAAGGGAAUGAAAUUGCCAUAUCGGAUGUUUGAUUCAUUUUUGAUACAGCUUUCUGUGAUUGGUGAUCUUCGUGCUAUCUACAGGCUUUCAGAGCAUAUGAAAAAGCUCUACAAUCCUGCUAUGGCAAGACGUAUUGCACUGAACCAGAAGCGAAGGAGCGUGAGCUUGAGAGGGAAGUAAUAGGAUUUAAAAUAUGUCGUCUACCUUUUCUGCACAGUGUCUUUGUGGAAAUCAUGUAUUGAGCUCAUUUUCACAAUGCUGGUGCCACCUCUUAGGAAAAUAUAGGUGCGGAGCAGCAAUGAAUCCUCAUUUGUAUUAUAGAAGAAUUCGUGGCUGCUAUUGAGCUAUGGAUUUCGAAAAGCUGUCUACAGAGAGCUCUAACCCUGCAAUUCACGAUUGACUGCCUCAUCAUGCCAAAUGGUUUUAUUGCUGAAGUGUGCUUCUGGCCUAACUGCCUCUGAUCUUAUCUUGUAUUCUCUCAAAACUGGAGGCAAGGUGUCAGCAAGGAGAGAUAAGCCAAUCAUGUGUUUCUAGCUGGGGCAUCUGUCUUCCAAGGAAGGCUUCAUUGAGUAUAUGAGCAUAUGAAGAAGUAAUCCAUUAUUUCAGGAUCCUGGAAACUCUCCAUCAUUGUUUAUCGAACUCCUGUUAACAAUUAGAAUUGAUGAUAUUUUAGCAGCAGCUACACCUUUGGGGCUCAAUCUAUGACAAAUACUUAUUUGUCAGCAGUAAAGGAUGAUUGAUUGGGGACUCUUUCCUUGUCAUGGCUGAUGCUGACCAAUGCCACAAUUGAGACUGGUUGAUCAAGCAUAAGUGACUCAGGGGAAAGGGAAAAGGAAAAAGGAAGAUUACAAGAAACGAAAUACAAAUAAAGGGUGGACAACUCAAACAAGAGUCCCAAAAUAACAAAAAACAGUAACUACAAGGGGCGGUAUGCCGAAGAGCUUGUAUUCUGAAAGAUGUAUUUAACCGUCUCAAGAUUUUGGUAUUAGUGAUUUUGUAGCUUUAACAAGUACAGAUAUUGUCAUUUUCUAAGAGAUUGGUGAGAAUCUUAAUGAUCAUCUAUAGCCGUGAGACUGAAUUUAUUGAUUUAUUAUUAUUAUUUUUUAAUCAUCAUCGUUUUCGAUACUUUUGUAUGUGUGAUAAGACUUCAUAUUCAUCACUAGUU